AUGGCAGUGAAGAGAGAGUCUCUCACCUGGUUACAGGAACCACCGUUAGAAAUACCCACACUGCCGAUAGAAAUAUCCGCACGUCUUGCAGGAGAGGAACUGAAUUCAGUAGAAUCCGAAAGUGACGGGUACGAAACAGCUGAAGAUGAAAAUGGCGCAAAUUGGUGUAAAAAGCGCGUGCUCGGGAAAUUGUUUGUUGUCAUUUGUUACUGUCACGUGUUGUCUGGUGCUGUACCGUAUGAGACCAUAACCGCAAAACGGCUUUUCGUAUGCCGGUAUCACGUCAAUGAAAAGGAUUUCUUGAAAACGCAAACUGGUGACCACUUCGACAUCGAUACAUAUAAACCAUGGGAGUUCAAUGGUACAUUUCCUAUACGGAGUAUUGUUUUCCCCCAAUUGACUGUAGGAAUACCAUAUUUGAUUUUGAAACUUAUUGCUCCCUGCUUUUCCUGCGUAUUUGGAACAUCACUGCAAUCACCAUACUACCUUCUGGUGUUUCCUCGUCUCUUAAUGUGCGGUUUUUCCUUCAUGUCAGAUUAUUGCCUUUAUAAAAUAUGUCGAAUAUGGAAUCAAGGAUUCAAAGCACGGCUGAUUAUUUAUGCAAGCUCUUACAUAAUGUUUUGCUAUGUAACACGAACAUUUUCAAAUUCAAUCGAGCUUAUUUUGAUAGCUCUCUUAUUAUACUAUGUGUCUCAAUGUAUGCAGUUUUCUGAAAAGACAAAAAUUACGGACGCUAUCCUGCACGUCGUACAACGGCUCCAGUCGCAAGGCAUCCCAGUGUGCCAUGAAAAACGCCGCCAUUUUGUAAUAGCUGAAACCAAUCGACUACAUGAAUGUUAUGAUGCAGCCAAAACUGGUACAGAACGUGCAAAAUAUUAUAAGCUUCGAGCUUCGUUACCCUCGCAUUCUCUGAAUCAUUGUUAUAUUCUCGCCACAUUAACCAUUGUUGGCAUAUUUAACCGUCCAACAUUUGUAGCGUUUGCGUUUCCUCCGAUAUUUUUCUGGCUUCAAAGAGGACUUGGCACAAGAAGCAUAGGAUUCUUGGAUUUUCAUAUUAGAAUUAUAACAUUUAUUCUCUGUAGUAUUCCAGCAGCUAUUUUGUUUAUUAUUAUUGACAGUUUCUAUUUUGGAUAUUUGACGAUUGGCGAAAUAGUACAACUUGAAAUCACUAUUAAUAAUUUCGUUGUAACUCCACUAAAUUUCAUAAAAUACAAUGCAAUCACCGAAAAUCUUGAGCAGCAUGGAUUACACCCACGACUUUUGCACUUUUUAAUCAAUAUUCCGCUGUUGUUUAAUGUGGUAGGGAUCAUAGGACUUUUUCUUUCGGCGAAAAUAAUUGGCAGUGCUUUAAGAGGUCGGUGGCUGGAACUUCCUCGCGUAAACAGCAUUAUAGGAUUGAUGAUGGCGUCUUUUGUUAUUCCCGUUUCACUGAUGUCAAUAUUUCCUCACCAGGAGCCACGAUUCAUAAUACCUGUAUUAUUACCACUUGUUUUUCUAUCUACUUCCGACGUUACAAACACUUUUGGCAUGAUUAUGUCCAUUCAAGAUAAGAAUGCUAAAGUAAGAGAGGCUAAAAACAAAAAAAGUGGAAUUGGUAAAAUUGAGCUCGUCUGGUACAUUUUUAAUAUUGCCUUUACUCUCUUUUAUGGCUUUUGUCAUCAGGGAGGAGUUUUACCAUUAACAUCACACUUAGCAAUAGAACUAAAAGUUAAGCCGCAUUUUACACAUAUUCAUGUAUUUACAUCAUAUACAUAUCCAAUUCCAACUGGUCUUCUGCAUUUAAAAAAUACUCAAAAAACUAACACUAGUUGUGGAAAGACAACAUACAAAUCGACUAAAGAUUUUUAUCUUUAUGAAUUUGGUAGUAAGGAUUUAGCCUUUGUGUAUGACAAAAUUUCUUCUACUGUACAUGAAUGUCGAGAAAUGUUAAUGAAAAAAAAAAUUCCAUGUAGGAUUUAUUAUGCUCUUCCCAGAAAUAUGUUCGAUGAAUUCACAGAAUUUAUUUCUGAAAAUGAAAGUCAUAAAUUAAAUUACAGUAUAGUUAACUCAUUUUAUCCCCAUAUAUCAAUGGAAAAAUUACGAUGGUCAUUAACUUCACCGAUAUGUACAAAUGUAUAUCAAUUAUCCUUGUGUUUAAGGUGUGCAGCACAGAAUAUGACAGAUGAUUUAUUUAAGUUUAUGUAUCAAUUUCAGCUUGUACUAUUAAAACUUGAGAAUUGAAUCAAAA